AUGACAGAUUCUAUUUUCAUUUGUAUUUAUCUAGGUAUUAGGUUGUCGAGUAUUAUCUUCUUUAUUUUGGUAUACUGAUGCCGUUUCUCAAACGUUUAUAUUUUGUGAAGCCAUGUUUUUAUUUACUGCUUUAACCAGUCAUUUAUUUCGUGAUCGUGGUUGUUUACCAUUUGUAUUAUGGGGUUGGUUAAGUCCAUUAGUAUGGUUAAUACUGUGGAUUACUUCACAUAUAAUAACAGAUAAAUUAAAACAACGAUCAACAUGUUGGUUAGAAGCUGAUAAUACGACAUAUUUCUAUUAUUUUUUUUAUGUUCCAUAUGCUUUUUAUCUAUUCGUUAAUUUUGGAAUAUUUCUGUAUCUCGUUCGACUUCUCUAUUCAAAAUAUCAAUCAAAUAAUGUUCAAACAAGUCGUACAGGAAAUAGACAUUUAAUUAAAUCAAUUCUUAUAUUAAUUCCAUUAUUUGGUCUUCAUUCAUUAUUUGUUAUAUGGGUUUUUUAUCAUAAAAAUCAAGCACAUACAAUUUGGUAUUAUAUAUCCGUUAUUUUCAAAGCGGUGUUUGGUGAUUUACAGGGUUUUUUUACAUCAUUAAUUUAUUUUUAUUUUAAUACUGAAAUUCGUUAUGAAGUUCUUCGACAAGUUCAACGAACAAUAUUGAGUAGUGAUACGAUUCAACGUAGUUCAACUGGUGAAACAUUAUCAACACGUUUAUCAACAUUUCGUCGAUCAAUAAAUCGACAUCGUCAAUCAUCAUUACAAAAUCGUAGUGAACGACGUCGAACAAAUACAUCAUAUCCUCGUUCAUCAUUACAAAAACCAACACAUGACAUUUGGGGGAAAAAAUGCAUAGCAUUGAUUUGUCCUUGUUUAAACAAAAAAUCUACUAAGAAAAAAACUUUUGUCGAACUACAACAGCAACAACAACUAGUUCAACAAAAUAUUUUAAAUGAUACAUCACCAGCUGUUGUACCUGAAUUAAUUAUUGAUGAUGAUCGUGGAGGUGUAUCAUCACCAUUAGUUAUACAUACACGUUCACAUAAAGGUGCUAUUGAUAAUGAUGGUAUGACAUGUGAUACAGUUUUAAUUAAAAAUGAAAGUGAAGAUCAAGAAUUAUUAACAGAUGAAAAUGAUGUUACUAUUCAACAUUCAUCAUUUUAUAUUGAACCAAUAUCACUAUCAUCAAAUAAUAUACCAAUAACAAUACAUACGAAUAAUUUACAACGAACUCGAUCAAAUAGUGAAGGAUAUCUUUUGAAAAAUUUAUCAUCAAAACAUUUUGCCGAUAAUAAAUCAUUGAAAUGA